AUCGCCUUAAUGAUCACACCCUGUAUUGGGCGUUUAUGGGUUAUAGGAUUGAUAUAGCAGUCUAUUUUUUUAAUUUAUUAUCUUUUGUUUUUUAUUUACAGGAUGAUAUUCUUUUCGAGGAAGAAGAACCCAUAGAAUCGUUCAACAUGAUAGAACCGGAGAAACAAAACGGCCAACCAGAUGCCGGCAAGCAAAUGUCUACGCGAAAUCUGUCGCAAGCGCUCAUACAUAACAGCCAAAGUUGCAUGCACUCAUCGCAGAACUUGCGCCAUAACGCAUCUAAACGAAAACUGUCUACUGCUAGGCCGGUGACUAAAGCGACGCUUAGUUCUGCGUCAAUGGCUUUGGAUGGUAUUCCGGAUGGGCGGCGAUUAGGGUCGCAGGAGACAUUUGGGCGACGCCUGAGUACGACUAAGAGAAAUCUUUCUACGACAAGUUUCGCUUACGUUUCGACGCCAUUCCAUGGAUCAACUUUGUCAGCGUUCGAGCAGCCGAAUGAAUUCGCCUCGCAAUUCUCAUUGAAAUCAAUCACUGACAGCGUUGCCGACGUUGCUUAUUGCUGCUUCUGCUGCAAGAAGAAGCAACGAAAACCUAAUAAAUUCUUCGAUGUAUCACUACUUACCGAUCCGGCGUAUUUAAUUAUAAUGCUCGGUGGCAGUUCAGUUGCAAUCUCUGUUACGAAUUUUAUUAUAUUACUACCCUCAUUCGCGCAGAAUAUAGGCAUCGAUAAGUCGCAAGGCGCUCUGUUACUCAGUACAGUGUCAGCGCUCGACCUGGUCGGACGUAUCGGCGGCUCGACGCUUUGCGAUUUAAACAUAAUGCCGAAAUCGUUUUAUUUCGUUGGCGGUUUAUUAUUCUCUGGCAUAAUUCUAGCAUUUAUACCAACGAUGCAAACUUAUACAAUGAUAAGUAUUGCUUGCGCACUAUUUGGGCUGUUUUCGGGGAUUAAUAAUGGCGUAACGACUUUAGUUUUGGCGGAAAUUCUCGGUGUCGAACGACUUAUGUCUACGUACGGCGUCAGUUUAUUUGUGAACGGGUUUUUGCAGUUAAUUGGGCCGCCGAUCUGUGGAUUUUGGUUUGAGCACGAUAAGAAUUAUACAAAUAUGUUUGUCACAUUCGGUUUUAUUCUCAUUGCUGGCGCUUCGUUGUGGCUUUUUAUGCCCUUGAUUCUGAGAAGAAAAAGAAAGAAGUUAACUGCCGGAGUGAGAAUUUAGUAUUUUAUUAUGUUUUGAUCCGAAUUUAAAGUAUUUUUUGAAGCGAUCGACAAUUGUCACUUUUCGAAUGUGGCUUGUUUGGGCGUACUUAAGACGCUUUAUUAAAGAAAGGAAUUGACUUAAGUCAAAAUAUAUACAGUUAUUUUUAAUAUUAGACGCGUAUCCGUUAUACCUAUUUUUUAUUUACUCAAAUAUACAUUGAUAUAUGAUUUUUAUUACUUCAGAUGCACAAAUUAAAUAUUUUUUUACGAUAAAUAGUUUUAAUGUCGCCGAUCAUAGAUUUUCGGUUCUUGUAAAUGUGUGUGAGCUGAGACUUUUUUAUCAUAGUUGCUCGUAAUGUUUUACUUAUACCGGGUCUACAUAUAACGAAUGAUGCUAAACAAUGUUAACGUGUGAAAAUUAAGUGUCUGUGUUCAUUUUUUUUUAUGAUUUUUAUGAAAAUAACGGACAAGACGAGCAUAACGUUCAGCUGAUGGUAAUUGAUACGCCCUGCCCAUUACAAUGCAGUGCCGCUCAGGAUUCUUGAAAAACCAAAAAAAUUCUGAGUGGCACUACAAUUGCGCUCGUCACCUUGAGAUAUAAGAUGUUAAGUCUCAUUCGCCCGUUUUUAUGUUAUAACGAAGAUACUAUUAAUUCCAUCAAAUUGUUCACAUUACAAAUAGCGUUAUAUGAAAUUUGCGUAUGUUGAUCUUUACACUCUUGGCAUACUUGUAGCGCUCGCUUGCGUCGCGUCUCAUCUAUAAACUCGCACAUUUCAUGUCACAAUGACAACACCAGUUUUACCAGUGGGAGGAUCCUUUGCAUAGGAUUCCGGCUAGAUUAUGGGUACCACGACGGCGUCUAUCUCUGCCGUGAAGCAGUAAUGCGUAAGCAUUAUUGUGUUUCGGUCAGAAGGCGCCGUAGCUUGUGGAAUUACUGGGCAAAUAAGGCUUAACAUCGUAUGUCUCAAGGUGACGAGCGCAAUUGUAGUGCCGCUCAGAAUUAUUGGGGUUUUCAAGAAUAAGGUGGUAUCAAUUACCAUCAGCUAAACGUCCUGCUCGUCUCGUCCCUAAGUGUCGUAAAAAAACAUUGAAAUAGUAAUUUUAAAUUCUGGUUAUCAUGUUUACAGAAUUUGAAACAAAACGCACAAUAUAUGUCUAUGUAUCGCUGCAUAAAAA